AUGUCGUCGUCGUCCAUGAAGAAGAAUUGGGUUCGCGGAGAGUCUCUUGGUAGUGGCAGCGCCGCCACCGUCAACAUAGCCAUACCAACAAACCCUUCCACGCACAAUUUUCCUUCACCCACCGCCGUCAAAUCCUCCCUUUUCCUAACCUCGUAUUCGCUCAAAACCGAGAAGGACGUCCUCGACAUUCUUGGACCUUCCCCAAACAUCAUUAAAUGUUACGGCAACGAUUGCACCGUCGAAAACGGCAAGAGAUACUACAACGUUUUUCUCGAAUACGCCGCGGGCGGUUCCCUCGCCGAUCAACUCAAAAAGUACGGCGGGAGGUUCCCGGAGGCUUGCGCUCGACAAUGCACAAAAUCCAUCUUGGAGGGUCUGAAGCACAUUCACUCCAAGGGCUACGUCCACUGCGAUGUGAAGCCUCAGAACAUUCUUGUCUUCGACAAUGGUGUUGUUAAGAUCGCGGAUUUGGGGCUGGCCAAGAGGAGAGGGGAGAUAAAUAGAGAGUACGUGUGCAGGGGCACGCCGAUGUAUAUGUCACCGGAAUCGCUGACCGAUAACGUGUACGAGUCGCCGGUAGAUAUAUGGGCUUUGGGCUGCACCAUCGUGGAGAUGAUCACAGGAGAACACGCGUGGUACGUUGGAAGCUGCGAGAAUACUUGGACGUUGAUGAAUCGAAUUGGGAUAGGAGAAGAAUUGCCCAAGAUUCCACAAGAGUUAUCACAACAAGGGAAGGAUUUUCUUGGCAAGUGUCUUGUUAAGGAUCCAAACAAGAGGUGGACUGCUCACAUGCUUUUGAAUCACCCUUUCAUCAAGAACCCAUUGCCCCAGCCGUUACCAAGAAAAACUGAUAGACCUGCAUGCAUGCCAAAAGGAAUACCUUGCACUCAUCAGGCUAAAAUGGGAGAAGGAAAAGAUUUUCUUGACAAGUGUCCCGGUAAGGAUCCAAAGAAGGGGUUGACUGCUGAGAUGCCUUUGAACCACCCUUUCGUCAGGAAGCCAUUGCCGCCCACGUUACCAAGGAAAAGUGCUACGCCCGCAUGCAUGCCAAAAGGGAUACCUUGCACUCAUCAGGAUAAAAUGAGAAGACACUGCAUAAAGGUGGUGGUGAUGAAGAGAAAGAGCACACUUUCCCGGUUGUGUGAGACAAAGUGGUGGAACAACCUAUGCCAACAUGGGACAAGAAGAAAAACCAAGCAGAUCAAGAGUUCUUGUGUUGUGUUUCAUGACAUGGAGGGUGUGCAACUAUCUUCCAUGAUUGGAAAGGACAGCAACAUUAAUCAUCCAAGGAUUUUCAGCUACGCUGAGCUCUACAUAGGAUCAAGGGGUUUCUCUGAGGAGGAGGUUCUAGGAAGUGGAGGGUUUGGCAAAGUGUACAGAGCUGUUAAUUAA